AGGAUAAUUUUUGGAUGUUUUCUCUGGAAAUAGAGGGGUGUAUAAAAUUAUGAAAGGUAUUAAAUAGUCUUUUUCCUGGGAUGUAAGUCUUAAACACGAGAGGGCAUGUAUUUAAGAUGAGAUGGGGUAAAGUUUAAAGGGAUACGCGGGGAGUAGUACUUAGUGUGGAACGUGCUGCCAGGGAUGAUGGUGAUGCAGAUAAUAACGUUUGGGGCAUUUAGGCUGGAUGUCCUAAGAUUGGCUCAGGUUGAUGUAUAGAACAUGAAACGUACGGAUACAAGCCCUUCGGCCCCACCAGUCUGUGCCCACUCUGCUAGUUCGAAUUUCCUGCUUUCAGCUCUAGUCCGUCCGAUCGCCGCCCCACCCAGUCCCUGGUAAAGCAGCUAUUUCUGCUUCCUCAUCCGGGACGCGACGUGGCCGCAUAUCAAUGACGGUCACGGUGACGUAGAACGCUGAGGCGGGACGAUCAUUCCAUUGGUCCCAGUCGGUGAUUGGCGGGCGUUUGCUCCGCCCUUGUCGGAUUACAUUGUUUCCAGCUGCGAUGCGUCGUUUUGGCUCCCGGUAAAGGUUCGAGUUUUGUGUACGGAGCCGGACAGCAGUGAGAGUGUGUUUUGGAAGACAUUGGGCGAUGUGGAUGAUUUAAAUGCCCUUUAUUAUUCAAGAAAUGAAGUAAAUUGAGACAGUCAGUUUUCACUUGAAAUGGGCGGCACUCGGUAUCAGGGACGACGAUCCUAACGGUGAUAACAGCGUAAGAUGCUGGAAACACUCGGCUGGUCGGACAGCGUCUGCGAAGAGAGAAGCAGAGUUCGCAUUGUAGGUUCGUGACCCGUCGCGGAAGUGUGUGAGAGAGAAGUGGAAAAGUGAAACAUCUAAGAAUGGAAGAAAGACUGAAGCCAGCAAGUCCAAAGGUGACCUUGUACCAGCACAGCAAGCUGGGGAGAUCUCCAGUGUCAGCCCACAUGGCCACAGCUUUCUCUACGGCUUCACCCCAGCCUUCUUCACCAAAACUUAAAUCCACAUUGAAAAGAGCAGAUAAAGGAAAAGCAAACCCCCGAGAGCCGGUGGAAGUGUCUAAACCAACUUCAGUUCAGCACAGCUUCCUAACGGACGUCUCUGAUGUGAGAGAGAUGGAAUGUGGAUUGUUACAUUUGCUCAAAGAUUUUCACUCUGGGAAACUACAAGCUUUUGGGAAAGAAUGCUCCUUUGAACAGAUGGAGCAUGUGAGAGAGAUGCAGGAAAAAAUGGCCCAUUUACACUUCAGCCUGGAUAGCCAUGUGGAGGAGCUCUCUGAGGAUCAGAAAAAAGUUGUAUCAGAUAGGAAUCUUGAACAGCUUCUGAUCAACUUGGAAGAACUUAGUACCUCAAUACAAAAACUACACUUGGCAGAAAAUCAAGAACUGCCAAAAGAUGAAGAGUUGAAAUCAUCUCCUACCUAGAAGUAGUUGAAAAUGAGACCCAAGGGAAGAUGGCCAGCACUGCUCAGUGAAGGCCCCCCUUCAAGAGCAAGAUAUGUUACAGCAACUUCCUGUUUUGUUUAAGCUUGGGAGCCCAAUUUUACAACUAACUGCUCAGAUUCUACAACAUGUAUAUAUUUAUUGACUUUCUCUCCUGCCUGUAAGACUGUAGAGACUGACUGCAUUGUGUUUUGAGCAUAGACAGUAAUUUUCAGUAGGUGAGCAUUAGAUGAGCUGUCCCAUAACUAAUUAUGCAGUGAGGAGGCACAAAACCGUACAGCUCGAAGAGAGGGCUUUCAGCCACCAUUGUGCCUAUCUAUACUACUGCUGUUUGUCUACACUAGGUUUGUAUCUUUUUAAAUCUUGCCUAUUCAAGUGCCUGUCAAAAUGUCUGCCUCCACUGUCUCCUCUGCAAUCAACCACAGGGGGAAAACGUUCUCCUCUGAUCACUUCUAAAUUUCCCCCCAAACCUUAAAGAGAUUGUAAAUGCUGGAAUCGGGAUGAAAAUUAUGAUAAACAAGGUUAAGGUAGAUAAUCAGUCUUUUUUCUUUUUGGGACAAAAAUAUCAAAUACUAAAGGGCAUAGCUUUAAAGUCCAUAUCCCUAAACCUUCCUUAUCCAUCAACCCUUACGAAAGUCUUUUAGAUACUGCAAUUGUACCUGCCUCUACCACUUCCUUUGGCAGCUCGUUCCACAUAUCAAACAUCCUCUGGAAAUAGUUGCCCCUCGUGUCGCUUUUAAAUCUUUCACUUCUUAUGCUAAAUCUAGUUGUAGACUUCCCUACUCUGGGAAUAAUUUGCAAUUACCAAUUAACAUACAAACAUAUACAUCUUUGGAACGUGGGAGGAAGCAGGAGCACCCAGAGGAAACCCACCAGGAGAACGUACAAACUCCUUACAGACAGUGGUGGAAGCAAACCCCGAACAGCAAGCUUUAGUGCAUAUUUUAUUGUCCACGGAGCUAUUUGCAUCUUGUCUUUCUCGUCCUCGAGGUCAGUCCUCGGCAUGGUUUCCUCUAAGCUGCAUAGGUAUGUGGCCACACAGUAACUGAAAUGCUCUCGCAUACAUAAUCUUUCCCACAGCUGGAAUUUUCUUUUAUAUAUUGUUUUAUUGAAGUGAUGCACAGUUUUCAGGCUCUGUAAAAAAAAAAACAAAAAAACAAUUUCCUGCUUAGAGCAAUGUUUGGUACAUGUGUCCGGUGCUCCCGGGUGUGGCCUUUAAUAUAUCAUAUAUUGGUGAGAUCUGACGCAGACUGGGGGACCAUUUCACUGAACACCUACGCUCUGUCCGCCAGAGAAAGCAGGAUCUCCCAGUGGCCACACAUUUUAAUUCCACAUCCCAUUCCCAUUCUGAUAUGUCUAUCCAUAGCCUCCUCUACUGUCAAGAUGAAGCCACACUCAGGUUGGAGGAACAACACCUUAUAUACCGGCUGGGUAGCCUCCAACCUGAUGGCAUGAACAGUGACUUCUCUAACUUCCGAUAAUGCACCUCCCCUUCUUACCCCAUCCCUGAUAUAUUUAGUUUUCUUCCCCCCCUCUUUUUUUCUCUCUCUCUGUCUGUUCUCCAUCUCCUUCUGGUGCUCCCCUCCCCCCUUUCUUUCUCCCUAGGCCUCCCGUCCCAUGAUCCUUUCCCUUCUCUAGCUCAGUAUCCCUUUUGUCAAUCACCUGUCUGGCUCUCAGCUUCACCCCACCCCCUCCACUCUUCUCCUAUCAUUUUGCAUUUCCCCCUCCCCCUCCUACUUUCAAAUCUCUUACUAUCUUUCCUUUCAGUUUGUCCUGACGAAGGGUCUUGGCCCGAAACGUCGACAGCACUUCUCCCUAUAGAUGCUGCCUGACCUGCUGUGUUCCACCAGGAUUUUGUGUGUGUUGUUUGGUACAUGCAUCUGUUUUUUAAAAAAAGGGAAUGUUAGUCCUCAGCCUCCUUCAUUUCAAAGGAGAACAGACACAGCUUGUCCAAACUUACUUUAUAACUCAUGCCCUUAAUUUCUGACAACAUUCUUGUGACUCUUUUCUAAACCCUCUCUAGUUUAGUUACAAUGUUCCUUUAGUAUUAAAAUGAGAACUUUCCACAAUAGUUCAGCUGUGGUCUCACCAAUGUCUUGUACAGCUGUAACAUGACAUCCCAACUCAGUGCCCCUAACCAUCAAGGUGAGCAAGACUGUAUGCUCACUUCACAGGCACCCCCCACCCAGUCAAUGUAUGUAACCACUUUUGGUGAACUAUGCACCUAUACCAUUGGGUCUCUCUGUUUUACAACACACCCUGGGCUACUCUGUACCUGUACUCCUUGUUCUCUCUGUUCUACAACACACCCCAGGGCCCUGUCCUUACUGUUCAAGUCCUGCCUUUUUUAACUUCUCAAAAUGCAUCACUUUGGGCUUGUCUAAAUUAAAUUCCAUCUGCCAUCCCUUUUCCCAUUUUUGCAGUUGGUCUAAAUUCUGUUGUAACUUGAGGUAACUUAUUUCACUGUC